AUGGCCACUCCAACACCACCCGUUCGCCUCUCCACGUCUGACCAUUUGCUCGUCUGCACGGCUUGCGGGGCACAGUACGACGUCGACGAGAAGACGGGCAAGGACGAAUGUCGGAUUUGCGAUGACCCAAGACAAUUCGUCCCCGAGACCGGCCAGUCGUUCACGACGCUCGCCAACCUCCAGGCCGGCAACUACAAGAACGUCUUUGAGCCGUGUAAGCAGAACGGCAAUGUCGUUGAAAUCUGGACGGAGCCCAAGUUCGGUAUCGGCCAGCGUGCGUGUCUGAUCCAGACGCCGCAUGGCAAUGUGCUUUGGGACCUGGUUGCCUAUUUGGACCAGGACACUGUGGACAAGGUAUGUCUGUGA